GGGAGGCGUUGGGGAUGUGCAGGGUGAGCCUGUGGGUUUAGCGCGUGUUAGCGGGAAUGGCGUAGCCCAGUGGCCUGGGUGGCUCCGGGACGGCGGGAGGACGCGAAACCUGAUGAGAGGAUGAGGCUGUUGGAAUUUGCGGUGUUGGCUCUAUUUGCUGUCACUCAAGCAGAGGAAGGAGCCAGGCUUUUGGCCUCCAAAUCACUGUUGAACAGAUACGCUGUGGAGGGACGAGACCUGACCUUACAGUACAACAUCUACAAUGUUGGCUCAAGUGCUGCAUUAGAUGUGGAAUUAUCUGAUGAUUCUUUCCCUCCAGAAGACUUUGGCAUUGUCUCUGGAAUGCUCAAUGUCAAAUGGGACCGGAUUGCCCCUGCUAGCAAUGUCUCCCAUACUGUGGUCCUGCGCCCUCUCAAGGCUGGAUAUUUCAACUUCACCUCAGCGACAAUCACUUACCUGGCCCAGGAGGAUGGGCCUGUUGUGAUUGGCUCUACCAGUGCACCUGGACAGGGAGGAAUCCUGGCUCAGCGAGAGUUUGAUAGACGAUUCUCCCCCCACUUUCUGGACUGGGCAGCCUUUGGGGUCAUGACACUUCCAUCCAUCGGCAUCCCCCUGCUCUUGUGGUACUCCAGCAAGAGGAAGUAUGACACCCCCAAAGUGAGGAAGAGCUGAGUGGGCGUUCCAUGGCCUCCUUUCCCCUGAAAUCCAGGUGCUUUCCAGACUCCAAAGGAUAUCUCAGAUGCAGUCUCUUCUCCCUUAGCCCUUGGCCACCUUCUCCUGGAUCCUGAUCUCAGCCAGAGUGAAAGACCAGGUCCUGAAGUCCACAAGAGCCUCCUCGGUUACAGCAUGAAGCCAUACAAACAAGAACAUCUUUGGCAACAGCCCUUGAACCUAGAGGCCCUCUGGUGCUCCAAUGAGCUGCUGCUGUUAAUAUUGCUGGCAAUGAAUUCUCUCAGGGGUCCAGAGCAUGGCGUGGGGGCACAUAAGAGAUUGCUUGACACUACCCCAUCCCCCGCCUUCCCCUCUUAAAGAGGGUAGAAGAUGAAAUGAAAGCUAUGGGACUCUCAGAGGCUACCCAGUCUCUGUUCGGGGUUGGGGAGGUACUUACUAAUUGGGAUUUUCUAAUAAAAACAAAUGCCA